AUGGCGCCUCCCAGUCAGGUUCAGUGGAUGGCCCCUGAUGAUCAGAGGAACCCAACCAACUUCUCGAAGUAUCGAAAAUUGUUCAUUGUAUUCGCAGGCAUCAUCUGCACCGUCAACAGCGGGUUAGGUUCCUCCCUCCCAUCCGGAGGAACCAAAUACAUAGGAGAGCACUUCAACAUCACGAGCCACAAUAUGCUCGUCCUUCUCAACUCCGUCUACAUGGUCGGCUUCACAGCAGGGCCCCUUAUUUUCGGCCCCAUGAGCGAGAACUUAGGUCGUCGUCCUGUUCUUGUGGGCACAUAUCUCGCCUACACCUUCUUCACCAUGGCCUGCGCUCUAGCACCAUCAUACGCCGCCCUGCUCAUUUUCCGGCUACUCGCCGGAAUCAACGCUUCAGCUCCGAUGUCUAUCAUUAGCGGGGUGUAUUCGGACAUUUACGCCGACACAACAAUUCGGGGACAGGCGAUGGGUCUGUUUUUAUACAUCACGACCCUAGGUCCACAAGCUGGUCCAAUGUUGUCCGGGUGGCUCUCUCCGAUUUCGUGGCGUUGGCCGUUCUGGGCUGGUUUCAUCAUCGCUGGGGUGGGAGCGCCUAUGGUCAUUAUGCUGCCGGAGACUUACGUGCCAGUUCUCGUACAGAGGCGACAGAAGAAAGCCAAGACUGUUGACGAUGAUGAUGACGGUGCAGACUCGCCGCCAAGGCCUGCGCGGACUAGACUGCGGGACAUUUACGGUCGACCAUUUGCCAUGCUCAUCGAGGAGCCCAUCGUUUUAUCGACUUCGUUGUAUUGUGCCUUGAUUUACGGGACGAUGUACUUGUUCUUCCAAGCUUAUCCUAUCAUAUUUCAAGACUUAUACGGCAUGUCGACCGGCGAGUCAAGUCUUGCAUAUAUCGCUGUUAUCCUUGGAGCCACUGCAUCCUACGGUGGCUUUCUUUGGUAUAGCCCCUAUCACGCCAAAGCUGAGGCCAACGGCGAACCAUGGGCCAAGAUCGAAGAGUAUCGCCGCCUACCUCUGGCGUGUGCUGGAGCCCCAUUAAUCACCAUCGGCUUGUUCUGGAUAGCCUGGACAUCCUACAAGUCCCUGAACCCGAUCCUCGCCAUGGUCGGCGGUUUUUGGUUCGGCUUCGGUUAUCUGUUGAUCUUCUUAUCCAUGCUCAACUACCUCACCGAUGUCUAUAAACAAUUCUCGGCAUCGGCCCAAGCCGCAGCGAGCACAACGCGGUCAAUCUUUGCGGUGACCUUGCCACUGGCCACAUCGUCCAUGUAUGGCAAUCUAGGGGUCCAUUGGGCAACCUCGUUGCUUGGUUUCUUGACGCUCAUCAUGGCUGUUAUCCCUUUUGCCUUUAUCCGCUACAGAGACUUCAUCAGGGGCAGGAGUCCGUUCUGUCAGAGACUUGGGCAAGGUGACAUAGCCUUUUAUGCCGAGCCGGUGAACGCUCGUGAAGCAUUGACGGAGAAGAAAGUUGAAACUGACCCCAACCGUGAUGGUGCGGUCACUGUACCACCGAGCCGGCUCGAAAGUAAUUCUGAACAUGUUUGA